GAAAGUCAGGGAGACUGAGCCACAGCCACACAGUGCAGGUUCACAGCACCUCGCAGUGGUACAAGUGAACGGGUACUACAGAAAUGAGGUUAAGAUUAUUUAACCUGGAUGAAAUCACAUGCUUAAAAAUGGAUGAAGGCCAGCUUCUGGGAUCAUACCGGAGCCUCCAGAAUCUUCUCUGCCUACACUUACAGAAACAGGCCAUGCUUGAAAAGAUAUCCCCAAGAAUAAAUGCUCCCAGAAAAGCUUCCAAAAUUCCAGGAAUCACAAUUAGAAAAACAUGGUAUGUAUUUAAACAAUGCUACUUUUUUGGCACGAGGCAUUGCGAUGCACACUCGACUCAUUAGACUGUAUCCACUUAUACUUCCAAACUCACAAUUUUCAGGAGCUGUUGUACUUUGCCAGUUUUCAGAUUCUGAAAAUACAGACUUUUUUUUAAUGAACUAUUUUGAAUGCUUACUUGAAACUGAAGAUUUGCUGAAUGCUGCAAGCCAAAGAAUCUUAAAACCAAUGUCUCACUAAACCGUUACACAGCAAAUCCACAGACAUGAUGGGCAAAUACAGACACCAAUAUCCAAACUGACCAAAAACCCCCAAAGACUGGGAGGCUGUUAUGCCAACAUGCUGUUAUACUGUAUCUAGCAAAAAAAAAACCACAAAAAACACAAUGCAACCACCACAAGGCUUACUGUGUAGCAAAAGUCCAUUCUGUUAAACAGAACGCUAAUACUGAAAGGGCAAAACAUGCCAAAGGCUGUUCAUAAUCCAAUAUUCUUUAAGCCUGCUUUUUGUAUCACCCUUUUUCCCUAGAGGCAACAGGGGGAAAACUGUUAAGACAGGAACAUGAAGGCUUGGACCAGUCUGCUGGAAUUCUACACUCACUUUUACAAUUAAUUAAAAGAUUAUCAUUUCAGUUAUGGACAAAACACAACAUUCAAUUAUGUCAGACGUAAUUUAAUUGCAUACAGAGCUCCACUACAAAGCAGAGCUUGCGGACCAAAGGUGGUGGUUUUGCUCAGCAUCAAAGAGGUUGGAGCUGAAAUACAGAUCCAGCUUUGGGAUCCUGAGUUUAAAGUGAUGCUGAAUGGGUCCAGGCAAGAUGACAUGGGUGGCUGCAGUCCUGUGUGCAUGUCCUGUAAGAUGAGGCUGAGGAAGCUGGGCACAGUCUGGAAAGGUAGAGAACAGAGGGUGCUCCAGCAGCAGCCUGCUAAUGCUUCAAGGAGGGCUACAAAAAUAUUGCUGCUGAACACUUCUCAGUAACAGAUGGCGGAGUGGGAGGCCACAGAUCACAGCUUGGGAGGUUGAGCAUGGACAUUAAGAGGGGAAUUCUCAACUAGGGUUGUACUGCUUCACUGCAACCAGGUACCCAGAGAGUUUGUGCACCCUGCUCCCUUCAUGGAUGUUAAAGAUCCAGAUUAAAAAAAAAAAAAACAAAAAAACAACAACAUGCAUGACCUCACUUUGAAGGAGCAAAAGACUUUCUAUUAGGCUGGAUCAGGCAACCUCCAGACUCAAGAGCAAGGCAGAGUCAGACCAGAUGGUCUUUCCAACCAACAUUCCUUCUAUGAUGCACUGGAACAGGCUGCCCAAAGAGGUUGUGGAUGCCCCAUCCGUGGAGGCAUUCAAGGCCAGGCUGGAUGUGGUUCUGUGCAGCCUGGUCUGGUGGUUGGAGACCCUGCACAUAGCAGGGGGUUGAAACCAGAUGAUCACUGUGGUUCUUUUCAACCCAGGCCAUUCUAUGAGUCUAUGAGUCUAUGAUUAUGACUUGAGUGCACGCUCUCUGCCAUAGCCACCACUCAAGCACAGCUGCAUCAAGCUAACAUGAGGUGAUCAUAAAAAUUAGGCUUUGUAGGAGCUGUCUCAUUCUACACUGCACUAGAUAAAAUGAGAGCACAAGUGUUAAUCUAUUGAAUACACAGAGUUAGAAUUCAACGUGAUUUUGCCUUUAUUAUUCAUAAUAUUCUUUAAAUGUUUGGUUAAUUAGCUGCCAGUUCUGGUGCAUUCAUUUGAACCUAUCUUACUGCGAGUCUCAUCCCACAAACCUCAUAAAAACUAAUGAGGAACGAGGAGGAGAGGAGACAAUAAUUCUUCCCAUUUUAACUUUCAAAACUAGUUCCAGUAUGUUAUUUUGGAAGUUAUAUGCUACAAAAGUACUGUGAUGUCUGAAUGACGAUGGGCAGGACAGACUCAGAAGCACAUCAGGUUUAAGAACCAACUUCAGUGUGUUUUGAAGGAGAAUCUACUUUUUAUUUAGGAAAUGGAACAAUCAAUGCUCUUUUUAGGCUUCUAAUCCUAGCAGUUUGGAAAGUACUGGAAAAUUACUGUACUGCAGAAACUUGGCCUGGUGAAAUCCCAUAUGAGGAGCAUAGAAAAAGCCAUUCUGUAAGGGAUGUGUGAUGGAGCUGUCAGCUCAUGGCCAAAAGGGAUGACUGAGCACCUGGUGAAGGGGUAUGGCUGACCCAGGAAGCACAGGUGCAAACAAUUUUCCUGUGCUUUCCACGUGACUGGAAGAGAGUUGGAUGCAGGGUCCAGCCCUGGGCUCAUUUAAGGACUGGCUUCAAGGGAAAGAAGGCCUCCUGGAUGAGGGCUGCUUAGUGAGGAAUAUUCCACAACUGGAGUCCUUCAUCACCAGCUGGUGCUUGGGCUCCCAUCUGCCAUCAGAUGACUUUCUGCCUGACUGAGCUGCACCUGUGGUCUUUGAAGACUACCUUACAUAUUAGCGAUGAAGACAUUGGGGUACAUCAGUACUAUGACAAGAAAGAGCCAGGAUCACAAAUGAAGCAUGGUUAUUUGGAAGACAAGCAAAAGCUAGCAGAAUCUCGAGAUUACCCUUGGAUACUGAAAAACAAACGACCGGAAAAACUGCGAGAUACACUGAAGGAGGUUGAGGACUUAAUGCAAAACGGUCGAUGUGUGCUGAGCAAAUGGAAGAACAAAUGUAUCUGCCAGCUCCUCUUUCAUUCGGGUAUACUGGUCUCCCUAAGCCUUUCUGGGCCACAGCUGGAGAAAGUGAUGAUUGACAGGACCCUGGUGGGGAAGCUCAUCUCCGACACCAUCAGCGAUGGUAUUCUUUCGGACAAUUUCAUCAUCUUGUCAUUUGAGGACUAUAACCAACUCUGUUUCGUUCAGUUUACAAAGAAGAUGGAUUCUCCUGAUGUAAACAGAAGAAAACAUGAGAAACUCUCUUGUUUGGAUUUUAAGAUUUCUUACACUGAUAUACCUGGACUAGAAGGUAGGAGGAUGAAACGUCACCUGGCAAUAAACUGUAUGCAAGAUUUGGCCAUUUGCUGGUGGUCAGCAGCUAUUGAUGGAGCAUGGCCUUGGUCUCCUAUUUCCUGUGAAAGGGACAGAGCCAACCUACUGCUGUUAGGCUGUGCACAUGGCAAACUGGAGGUUCUGAGUUACGUUCGUACAGAAUGGGAUCCACUUGAUGCUAGCUUUAGCACUAAGGAGCCUUACCAGGUUCACACAGUUGAGCACUCCAUCUCUGCAGAUAAAAAGCCCAUGGCUGACAGCUGCAUCUACAACUGUGUUAGAAACAAAAUUCGGUGUGCAGCAGUCACCAGAAUACCACUACAAUCAAGGGCAAUCAGCUGUUGCAGAAAUAUUACAGAAGACAAACUGGUCCUGGGCUGCGAAGAUUCAUCAAUAAUUCUGUAUGAUGCGUACAACCAAGUGACUCUGUUAGCCCAAGCAAAACUAUUGCCUGCAUUAGUAACCUACCACCCUUCUGGGGCCAUAUUCCUGGUUGGAAGCUCUCAAGGGGAGCUGCAGAUUUUUGACACGGCACUAUCCCCAGUUAAAAUUCAGCUCUUAGCAGACAACUAUUCACCUGAGGCAACUCUGCAAUUCAGCAAACACUUUGACGUGUCUAGCAGCCUCAUCCAGAUUCAGUGGGCUGCUGCUCAAGCUGCAUCUCCCAGCGCUGAUGGCAUGGAUGUCCAUGAUCUUUUGUUCAUUAGGUUUGACAAAGGACCCUUAGGAGUACUUCGCUUUAAACUUGGUGUGAUAACAAGAGGACAGCUGGGCCUUGUGGAAAUCAUCCACCAAUACAUUCGUUAUGAUGAGAUACAUGAGGCAAUUAACGUCCUGAACACCAUGAACUGGAACACGAUGGGCCAUCAGUGUUACAUCUGCUUGAGUGCCAUUGUCAAUCACCUGCUUAAACAAAAGCUUACACCAGACAGAGAAGCACAGCUUGAGGCAAGCCUUGGAACCUUUUAUGCUCCAACAAGACCCCUCUUGGAUACAACCGUGCUGGAGUACAGAGACCCCAUCAGCAGAUAUGCAAGAAGGUUCUUCCACCACCUGCUCAGGUAUCAGAGAUUUGAAAAAGCAUUUCUACUAGCUGUUGACAUAGGUGCUCGGGACCUCUUUAUGGACAUCCAUUACCUCGCUCUAGAUAAGGGUGAAUUGGCACUAGCUGAAGUGGCGAAGAAAAAGGCUAAUGACAUUGAUGCAGAAUCAAUAACUACUGGAAUUGAACUCCUGGGGCAUGCAGAUGAAGAGGAUACAUCGCACGAGGCCUUUGGUGGUCAGGUCCCAGAGCACCAAACUGAGCGCGACGUGCCCACAGCCAGCCCGGCUGUGCUGGCCUCUUCCCACAGAUCCACUUGCUGUGGACUGGUGGAGGAUAGUGAUGGGGAGCCUGGAGCAGGUGUCACCUCCCUGAUGGAGAAAUCCUCUUCUGAGCACCGGGAAGGAAAUUUGAGAGCAGUUCCUACAGAACAGGUAAUGCACAUCUGAUUUAUUUAUUUAUUUUUAAUUCCUGCUUGUUGUUAUUUACUCUUAUUUUUGCAACUUCCUGAAACUCCCCAAGCCUGCUCCUGCAAGCUGCCUGCCUGCAGGCUCUCGCUGGGAUCUGUAGGAGGGCUCUGCGUACUGCAUGGUCAGGACAGGGCUGUGUCGGAUUGAGCGUGUGGCAGUCAAAAAUGGUCAUCAUCUACUGGCUGCUGAAUAGAAUACAAGAAAGCCCUUACUGUCCUCAACCCACGUUCAUCUCAGUGAGUUAGCUGGCACUUGCAUUCGUGCUUUCAAGCAGCAAGACUGCUGUAGAGAGGAGUGAAAUCCUAUCCUGGGUUUUCAUGAUCACUUGAAGCUGAUUUAACUGCAAGGUGCUGCCAAAAAAAGAUGGCCUAGCUCUUCUCCUCCAGCCAGCCUCAGUCCUUCUCCCCUGUGGCAGUGUGGGUGCUUGUUCCAUGGCCAGGAGCUGCACAAGUUGGGGGGGGGGGAAAAACAGGACUGUGCCCCAUCCCCAAGCAUAGCAGCCACCCAUUGUGUGUAAGGGCCUGGGCUGGUGCCAGCUUGGGUGGCUCGGUGUUGGUGCCAAUAGAGCACAUACAUCGCCUGAUGAGUCAGCAGCGUGCUGCACUGAAGUGCUCCUCCAGUUCUAGUUUACGGGGGGGAAAAAAUACAUAAAAUACAAUCUGCGUGGCAGCAGCAUGGGUAGAGGCAGAAGGCUUUCUCUAUUUUAGCCUCCUCCUGAUUACAGUUCUUGUUGAAGCUCUUAUUUUUGAGGCUGAA